AUGGAGGAUAAUUCUAAGAAACGGAGUCGUAAGUCGAGGUUGGUGCCGCGGGAAUGCUUGGAUUCAGAUGACGAAUAUAUAGCGGUUAUGCAGAAAAUGGCUCCCAAAAAAAACAAACAAUCUCGCGAGGAACUUUUAAAGAAAAAGAGAGAAGCAGAGCGUUUAAGAUACUACAGACAAAGAAAUGACCCGCAGAAAAGAGAACAAAUGAGGGAAAAACACAAGUUGAAGUAUUUACAGAGGAAAGAGAAAGGCUUCAGAAAACUGGCCAAAGAUAUGACACCCCACGAGCACAGCAGGGCUCUGCAGAAGUGGAAAGAAUAUUGUAGAGCUUACCGAGAGAGGAAACGGGCAGAAGAAAACAACGAUGAUGAUUCUGAUGAAAUCGAAGAGACAAUAGCUCAGAUGACCUCACACUCCAUCCUCAAGAAGUUGAACCAGAGAAGUGAAGAUAAUCUGAAGUUUGACGUUAAAGUUGAAGUUGAGGAAGUUGAGGAGCAGACAAACGAUUUGAAUAUAACCAUCGGUUCAGUCGUCAGUCUGAAGGGCACUGAUGAAGCGGCCCUGGCUGAUGAUGGAAAGGAUCUAAAUGUCGUAAGUCUGCAGGGCACUGAUGAAGCGGAACUGAUUAAUGAUGAAGAAAAUGUAAAUGAAACAGUCUCGAAAAAAUCUAUAGAAAAUCAAUACAACUUCAAUUGUACUACUGUUAUAGAUAAGUUGAACAAAACGAAGAACAGAACUAAUAUAGCCGAUGUACUAAUAGAUGUGCAUAUUAGGAAUUAUUUUGGAAGAUAUUUCUUUCAAUUCGAUGCUAAAGUGAAAGACGCGAAAUUGUUAGCGGUUUUUGAUAAAUGGCAGGCCUGGUGCAGGAAUAAUCCCGACGAUAGGGACGCACCUCUCAUGUAUAAAUGCUUCAUAUGCCGUUCGUCCUGGUGGCAUUUGUACGAAUUUAGACAGCAUUUGGAUAAACACAAAGAUUUUCUUCUAGAUAUGGAGGAAUACGGCCAAGAAUGUGUCGUUUUUGCGUAUAUAAACGAAAUAUAUGUAGAUGAUAUUAGUGUUGAUGGAAAUUGCUGGCGUUGCGGCAAAGAUUUUGCAUUCCACCAGUUCAAGAGCAGAUAUAGAAAGCUAUAUGGAUGUUUUGGGUGUAUGGCUAAAUUUACAACAUGUUUGAAAUUAGCCAAUCAUUUGGGAGGCUGUAUUUAUUACAAGAGAACUCUUCAGAGUAGAGGAGAGUUCGUUACUCGAGUCUACCCUUGCUGGGUGUGUCCAGUGAAAUGUUUUAAUCUAAAAGAUUUAGAUGUUCACAUAAAAGACAGGCAUUCAGUUAGAUCGGAUUUGCCUAUAAUGACGAAUCAGCAAGAAUGCGGUCACUGUACCCAACUAUGUGAUCCGCUAACACACGAAUGUAUCACCCAAAAGUAUAUAAAAUGCUGCGAAUUAUGCGACAGAAAAUUCCAAAGGUCUAUAAAUUACGAGAUUCAUAUGAAAAAUAGCAGAAAUAUUUACAAAUGCAAGAUAUGUGAUGAACAAUUAUUAGGAAAGUGUACGGAGUUGAAACAUUUGAUGAAGCACACAAAUAAUUAUAUAUAUCUAUACAAAUGUCUCCUAUGUCCACAAGCAGUUUAUUUUAGCGAGAAAAGUCUUAUUGAAGAACACAACAAUAUGACUCACGAAGAUAAUAAUAAUAAAUAUUGCUUUGAUGAGGUCGUUGUACCAAAGUCUCUGCUCAGAAAGAAGACAACAAAUUCCACGAGUAGACCAAAGAUAAAACGGAAAGACCAACUAAACAACAAGCCUGUCGAACAAGUACAGAAUAAUAUGGCAUCUUCCAUUCCAGAGAAUAUAGGUCAAAUCCAGAACACUGAAAACCUGGAAUCCAAUGUUACAUACAACAUUGAAACCGAGAUUCCAAUAAAGAAAGAAUUGACCGAUGAUGAUUUGAUAACAGAAAUAAAGCAAGAAGCCGAUGAACGUAUUUAUGAUAACAUCGGUGAUGAAAUGGUGAUCAAACAGGAAAUAGUGGAACAUGUGAUACAAGUGUGUGAAUAUGAUGAUGUAAAUGUGGGAAUAAAGACUGAACCGACCGAGGUUGAUGAAGAAAAUGAUGAAUAUCUUUUAGAUAUAAGGAAUCUGGCUUAUAAUUGUACUAAAUUGUACGACUGUAAGAAAUGCCUUUUCCAAGGUGUGCAUAGAGAAUAUAUGGAGCAUUUAAAGAGCAAGUGUCUACAUCGGACAAAGUAUUACUGUAGUAAAUGUGAAACUACAUAUCUUACAAUGAAGAGAUAUCUGGUUCACUUCCGAAGACAUGGCUAUCAAGCGAAUACUUGUCCACAAUGUUUAAGACAAUUAGAGAUGAAUUUACUAAUAGCUCAUGUGUAUCAACAUAUAAAGAACAACUUCAUCGGCUGUCACUACAUAAAUAAGACGUUACAUCCUUUAAAUAAAUGUUAUCAAUGCAAAGAAUGCAGGGAAGUGGUGCAGUUCUACGAGUUCUUCAAACACUGGGAACUACACUUGGAACUAAAGACAUCGGAUAACACUGGAAGGAUUGAAGUGGUGGAGAAUAAACCGCUGCUCAAAGAAUUAAUAGCCCUCCUCGUGGGUGAGAACCUGUCCAUGAGUGGAGACUUGUUACCGAAGCAGUGCAUCAUGUGCCUCAAGAUGUUUUCAAGAAAGAACGACCUCAAGAGACACCUCAUAGAACAUUUACUAAACGACGCUUAUAGGAACAGACAGCUGUAUGAGUGUUUGCGCUGCCAAAUAUGUAGUGUGGGCUUCAACAAGACGGAUAUUUACAAACGCCACAUGAGGGAGCACGGAUCUCUGCCGCUGUACAAGUGCGAGCUCUGUGACAAGACAUUCAGUGACUCGAGCAACUUCUCCAAACACAAGAAAGUACACAACCUGCACGUGGUCAUCUGUGACGUGUGCAAAAAGAAGUUCACCUGCAAGAACAUACUCGUUAAACAUAUGGAGUUACACAAGAUUGUGAAGCCAAUAUCAUGUGAUUGUUGCUCUCGAGUGUUCCACUCUCAGUCCAUGUACCGGAAACAUCGUUUGGGGAAGAGCAGGUUCAAGUGUCCGGCCUGUCAGCAAAUGUUUAACAAGCUGAAAGACAAGUGGGAUCAUAUGUGGCUGGAACAUAAAGAGAGGAAGUACAUAGCUGAUUGUCCGAUCUGUAAGAAAUCAUUCAGAAAGUAUGCUGACGUUAAAGUACAUAUUAGAAGAGAGCACGACCCCAAGUACGUUUACAGGCCGGUGUUUAAUAAAGUUAAUGAAGAGGAGAUUAUAGUGUGUGACUAG